AUGGACAUCCAUAGAUGUCGAUUCGUGCCAUACAAUCCUCAAGCGAUCAACGCGCUGGCCUUUUCGCACCCUCCGUCAAAUGAGAUCCAGGGUAGAGGCUUUCCCACAUUAAGGCUUGCGAUCGGACGGGCGAAUGGUGAUAUUGAGAUUUGGAACCCUCUACGUGGAGUUUGGUUCCAAGAAUCUAUUCUUCGCGGAGGAAAAGACCGCAGCAUCGAAGGAUUAGCAUGGACACUUGACCCAAGCGAAACCAUUGAAGGCAAAGAGGUGGCGGGCAAACUGCGACUUUUCAGCAUUGGGUAUUCCAGCGUUGUGACAGAGUGGGAUUUGGAAACAGGUCGGCCAGCAAGGCAUUCAAGCGGAAAUUAUGGAGAAAUCUGGUGUCUAGCAGCCCAGCCUCGAUGGAGGCCGCGGCGUAAGAAGGAUGGGGAUUCUGCUCCUCCGAGGGAGGAGGGAUAUUUGGGACAGCAUUUGGCGGUUGGGUGUGCAGAUGGUACUAUCGUGAUCCUGUCUACCGAGGAUAGAGACUUGAAGUACUUGAAAACAAUAAGGUCGUCAACGAAGCGUGCGAGAGUCCUCAGCAUCACAUUUCAGAAUCGCCAUACUGUUGUUGCUGGAUACGCCGACAGCUCUAUUCGAGUGUUCGAUAUACGCAAUGGCAGCCUUCUACGGACAAUCUCUCUCGGAAAGGGCCAAGCAAAGGACGUCAAGGAGCUACUUGUCUGGUGCGUCAAGUGUCUACCCGAUGGCUCGAUAAUAUCUGGUGACUCGGCCGGUGAAAUUCGGAUUUACGACGCAAAGAACUACUCUCUGGUUCAAAGGCUGCAAGGACACCAGGCAGAUGUAUUGGACAUCGCUGUUAGUGCGGAUGGGGAAUCCAUUGUUAGUGGAGGUGCAGACCAGCGGACGGUUCUUUAUAAACUGAAGCGCCGCGAAAAGCAAAUGACAACGCGCAGAUGGGCAGAGGUGAUACAUCGACGAUACCAUACACACGACGUCAAGGCUCUCGCUGCUUUUGAGACUAAGGACAUUAGUAUUGUUGUGUCAGGAGGCCUUGACACGACGCCUGUUAUUCUUCCACUGAGGGAGCUUGGAAGGGAGCACCACCGAAAACUACCAAAUCUACCACAGAUACCCCAAGUCUCGUCAUCGGGCGCAUCUCGACUUCUAAUGAGUUGGUGGGACCGUGAGGUCAACAUUUGGCGUGUUGCUGGCUCAUUUGCGUCUGAUAUGGAACAGCACAAGCUUGUAGGAAAGAUCUUAUUCCAGGGCGACGAACAUCUCACAUGCGCGGCUCUAGCACGGGAUGGAACUAUACUCGCCGCUGCCACUAUAUCAGAGGUUAGGGUAUUUACUUUGGCACCAGAUGAAGUGGAUGGUUUCCCUAGUCUACGGGUUCACAAAGUAGACCUUCCUCCUCAAUUAGCCUCCCAGGGCGCAAAGAACGUUACUAUAUCACCUGAUUGCAAGUGGCUGUGUGUACUGCGACCAAAUAACAGUAUGUACAUGACCAAACUUGUUAGAGAUUCGGAAACGGAAGAGAGCCUUCAAGUUCUGCCAAAAUCACAAAAAUUGGUCCGUCUACCAAGACAAACGCGUACCGAUAAACCUCUUCACGGCACACUAGGUUCAUACGAUAGAACUGUGCGCUGCAUGACAUUCUCAGGUGACAGCCGGAUCUUUGCUUGUGGUGACCUUGCUGGGUUUUUGGACGUUUGGUCCCUUCGGGACAGUGAAGGUGCCCCUGCAACGAUAAAGGAUACCGGAGAUGCAGAUGCGGGUUCUUCAGACGAGGAUUCGGAUUCGGAUUCGGAUUCGGAUUCAGAUGAUGAGGACGACUUGCCAACCGGAGAGCGGUGGAAACGCUCGCCUUCCGAAGCCAAUCUUCCUCGUCUAACCUCCAGCGUUUUGCUAAUGACCUUCCGCCCGACUCUUGAAGCAUCCAACGCACUGAAGAAUAAACGGACAUCUACGAAGUCAAUUGCCCAAGCUUCGGAAUGCAGUACGUCAGAUGACAGGUUGAUGGUGCUAACUGCCGAGCAUCAUUUAACUGAAUUCCAUGCGCUUCAGGGCAACCUUUCCGACUGGUCCAGGAGGAACCCGAAGGCAUGUAUGCCCUCGGAAUUUACCAUCAUUAAAGACAGAGCUAUGGGCGCCAUUUGGGAUGUUGCAGGGGGCCGGGAUCGCCUCUGGCUGUAUGGCCCUGCUUGGCUUUGGAUGUUUGAUCUAUCUCUAGACUACCCUGCUGCAGAAUCACAGCAUGUUGGUACUCUAGUACACCCAUCCCCACACAAGAGGAAACGUCAGGAUCACGAAGAACCUAACAAUGAAUGGGAGAGGAAGAAAAAGAAGACGAAUACGGGAGCAGGAGACAGAGUUGUGCUUGCGGACGCUGAAGUUGGUUUUGGAUCGGCAGUUAAGAAGGCCGUGGGAGCAAACGGGGAGAAUGCCGAAUUGGUACCCUUUGAGGACCAAAAGAAUGAGAACUUGCUGCCUGAGGACGACGAUGAGGGCGACGGCGACAUAAACGAGCUCACUCUCGCAAACGAAGCGACACUCGCUUCACUCCGAAGACAACAGUUCCCUGUCGUUAAUGGAAAGGUUUUAAAUGGUGACCAUCUACCAAAUGGGGCAGAGAACGAGAACCAGGUAGCAAAGCUAUCUACACCAGAUCCAGAAUCCGACCACAACGCAGAAUCACGCCCACGCCAGUGGUGGUCUAUUUUCAAGUACCGAGAUAUCCUAGGGAUUGUGCCUCUAAGCCACAAUUCCCAAUCGACUGUGGAGAGUGCAGAUCUAUCGGAAGCAGAAGACGCAAAAUCAGUGCCUUUGGAAGUUGUGGUGAUAGAGAGGCCGAUAUGGGACGUUGAUCUUCCAGGCAGAUAUAUACGAGACUACGAAUAA